GAUUGUUUUAAUAGCAACACAGAAUCGUGUUAAGGCGAGAACCAAAUGAUAUUAAACUAGCUGCAUACAAUAAUCACCAAAAUAUGUCGGAUACAAAGUGUGACGUCACUGAUGACGUAGCAAGUGGAGAAGGAAAAAUUCACAAACGGAGGAAAGAACGGAGACGAGAUGAUAAGAAACCUAUUCGCUUGGUGUCGUCAUUGGGCGAAGGAAAAUUGGUUGAUAAAUUCAAGAAUGCGAUGGGUGAAAAAGAAAAUCGAAAGAAAUCUCGCGAAAAAAUGGAAAAAGAUCGAAAACAAUCGAAAGAGAAACGGGAAAGAGAAAUCGCAAGGUUUCAAGCUGAGAUUGAUGCACUUUUAGAAGAUGGUCCCGUAGAAGCUCCAAAGAACAAAACAACAAAGACAUUUGUUCCUAAAUUAAGUGGAACUGUAAAGGGAAAGUUUGAGGCUCUGGAAAAGAAGAAACAAGAAGAAGCAAGACUUAAAACUGAAACUGAAAGAAAGAAGAGAAAUGAACGAGAUUCAAGAGAAAAGAAAAGAAUGCAAAUUGAGCUGGCAAAGAAAAAGUUAAAAAUGAAGGAAGAGGGGAAGUCUUGUGACGAAGAAGAAGAAGAAGAUGUAAAGAUCAUCAAAAGCAAGAGUCCCGGAAAAAUCAACAUCGAUUUUCAAGAGGAAGAGAAAAGAAGAAAAGAGAGAAAAUCAAGGAAGUUGGAAAUGGAAAAAAUGCUCCGGAUGAAGGAAGAGAUUAGAUCUAUGAAACAACCAGUACAAAAUGAGGAAUCAAGUGAUGAGGAAUACCAUGCACAAGAUUCACCAACCCCGGCUCCUAAAAAACUUACAACUGAUUUUAGCAAGUUGUUAAAAGAACAAGAAAAUAAACAGCGAAGUCAAAUUGAAGAAGAAAAAAGGAGGAAAUUGGAAGAAGAAAAGUUGGCUUUUCGAGCCGCAAGAUUGGCUGCUGGUGAAACAGAUGGUGUAUCGUCAUCAUCGUUGCAAUCGCAGAGCAGCAGUCCUGAGGUGAGCAGAAAGAAACCUAACAGAUUGGCGUCAUCUUUCACCAAGUUUGAUGUACUGGAAGCGCAGAGGUUUGAGGAGGAAAGAAAGAGAAUACAAGAGAAAAGAAAUGCGCUCUUGGAGGAGGAGAGAAAAAUGUUCGAAAAAACAAAGGCGAUGAUGAAGGAAUGCUCCGACGAGGAAGACAAUAAAGCAGAGACUGUUACUCCAGGAAGACUGAACGCUUCUCUCACAAAUUUCGAUAUUUUUAAUCAAAAGAAACUUGAGGAGGAGAGAAUUCGACUUCAGGAAGAAAAAAGAAAGUUACUUGAAGAAGAAACGUUUAAUUUUAAAAAACACCAGAAUCUUAUGGAAAGAGAAUCUUCAUCAGAAAGUUCUUGCUCCGAAAAUAAAGAAUCCGAAGAAAAUGAAGGUGAUGGAAAUGAGCGAAAGAAAAAAAAGAAAAAUAAUAAACUAACUCGAGUUCCGAGUAAAUUAGAUUAUUCGAGAAGGAAGUUUGACGUCUUGGAAAGACAACGAAUGGAAGAAGAAAGAUUAAAAAUCCAGGAACAGCGCAAUAAACUAUUAGAAGAAGAAGCGCGUUUUUUUGAAGAAGCAAAGCAACAUUAUGAAGAAACUUCUGACAGCGAAGAUUGCACUCAACAAACCAGAAUUGAGACCUCGCCUGGAAAGUUGGACGGAGGUCGUACCAACUUUGACCGAAUUAACAUGGAGAGGUUAGAAGAAGAAAGACUUCGGAUAUUGAAAGAAAGAAAUCGUCUUUUGGAGGAAGAAAAAAAACUCAUGGACCUUGAAAGAGAAAAGAUGAAGGAAGAACAUUCAGACCAAGACGAUAAAAACAAAGAAAGCACGAACAGAAUAACACGACGCCUUCCAAGCAGAUUAAACAAAUCUUUCACUGAGUUCGACAAAGUUGAAAGGAUGAGAAUUAAAGAAGAGCGAGAUUCUCUUUUCCAGGAGAAAGCUCGGAAGUUGGAAGAAGAAAGAAGAUUGUUUAAAGAAGCUAGAGAGCAAAUGAAAGAUGACAGCGACUCUGCUGAUGAAGUUAACUCGUCAAUGCCAUGUCAGCCAAACAAGCUUCCAUCUACUCUCACAAACUUUAACGUCAUCGAAGGCCAACGUUUGGAGAAAGAGCGUAUUCGUCUUCAUGAAGAACGAAUCAAACAACUUGAAAACGAAAUAAAAAUAUUUGAAGAUCAGCGAAAACAGAACCCGGAUAGCGUUGAUGACGUUACAAGUGCUACGAAAGAGCUUCUGCAGUCAGCUAAGAACUGUCCACGCCCCAAAAAAUUAGCGUCAUCAUUCACUAAAUUUGACGUCGUGGAGAAGAAAAGGAGAGAAGAGGAAAGAAAGAGACUGCAAGAGGAGAGAGCUCGGAAAUUAGCAGAGGAAAGAAGAAUGUUCAAAGAAUCCAGAGAACAAUUAAAUAACCAGAGUGACUCGGAAAAAGAGGAUAGCAUUUCUUGCGAUGCUCCGAUAGUUGGGAAGAUGGAUAUCCGCGGGAAAAUAGAGGCAGUUGUGAGAGCGCAAGAAGAAGCUGAGAGGAAGAGAAUAGAAGAAACAAAGUUUAGUCGGAUGACGGGCGAACAACAAGAGAUGUACUUGGCCCGACAGCGACAGAUCGAGAUGCUGCAGCAACAACUUGCAUCUGCCAAAGCAGGAGGAUAUUCCGAGGAUUCUGAAGAAGAGGAAAGCGACGAUGAAUGUUAUUAUUACUAUACAGAUGAAGAGGCAGAGGACAGCGAGGAAGAAGAUGAAGGAAACGAUGGUUCUGACGCUGAAGAAAACUCGGCAGCAAGCGAAAGUGGAUGCAGCAAUGAUUCAGGGGAAUAUAGUGGGUAUCCAUACUUUGUUCAAACGCUGAGCAAUCUUAAAGUCAAAGAAGGGGACCCGGUCAGAUUUGACGCAUAUAUAAAUGCAAACCCACACCCAAAGGUCGUUUGGUAUUUCAAAGGCAGGGUUAUCCGGAAUUGCCCAGAUUACCAAUACAUGAACAAAGGGACACAGUAUUCACUUUAUAUGAACGAAAGUUUUGUGGACGAUACUGGAGAAUUCGCUUGCAAAGCCACUAAUGAUAAAGGAACGGCCACUAGUAAAGCUUUUCUUUUCGUAAAUGAAAUUGAAGAAGAAUGAUUCGUUCGGUGAGAUAAAAACUUGGUAUAAUUGCUGUCAGUUCUCACUUCUAUACAACAUUAUGCUGUUGACACAACCAGUAUUAUUAUGAUGGUGAUAUCUUUAAGAAAUUGAUCGCCAAGAAUUUGUUUCCUAAAAAUAUUGUGCAUGGUAUUACACAUUUGAAUAUACCAAUAAAAUAAAAUACACGACUGGUUUUA